AUGGGGACUGUCGAAGAAACUCUGAAGUGCCCUGCUUGCCAGGAUUUAUUUACAGAUCCUGUGAAACUCCCAUGCAGACAUUACUUUUGUCUGACCUGCAUACAAGCUGUCUGUGAGGGGGCUCCACUUUUCUGCCCAGAGUGUCAGAUCCUGCUACCAUCCAACCUCACCCUGGAGAUAGAUGCAAGCCUACAAAGCAAAGUGAAGGACUUCAGUGUCAAAUCAUCAACGUCGGCGCUACUGACAGAAACUAAAUUGUCGUCAACUAUCCGCUGCGACCACUGCAUAGAGACGCCAUCAGAAGCUAUCAGGACCUGCCUGACCUGUGACGCAUCUCUGUGCCAGGCUCAUGCAUUGUUGCAUGAGCAAAGAUCUGCAUUGAGGGAGCACACUGUGGUGGAGAGCAUGUUGGAGACAACUGUGAAACAAUUGCUCCAGAUGAGAUGUGAAGCCGAGAACGCCAUUAAGGACUUGGAGUUCAUGUAUACACAAACGGUGAUGUCCGCAGCGGAUUUUAGAGAGAGGAUCUCAGAUAAGUACAACAGGAUCCGAGUUGUGCUGGAUGGCGACGAGCGUCUGAUGAUGCAGAUCAUUGAUGCAGAAGAAGAAUGCAUGAGCGAGUGGCUGGAAGCGCAGAGAGGAAUCGUGGAGGCGCGCAUCAAGGAGAUAGACCAACUCAGAGUUUCUAGUAAAUUACUCUUACAAGAAACACAUGACUUAAGCUUCAUACAACAAGUUACCACGCAGAAUCUGUGUGACCCGCCAAAAUUGGCACCCAUUCAACAAAUAGACCGAGACCUGUGUGAACCUGACAAGUUGAGAACAGUGGAGAAGCUUGUGGAUGACCUGUCAGUGGCUCUUUCGCAACAUUUUCCUCGAAUGUGGUCCUAUCUAAGUUGUCCUUCUCUGGACUUGAAAACAGCCCACCCAAAGCUGGAGGUAUCCCAAGAUGGGAGACAAGUGUGCUGGAGAGUGCAACCAAACAGUACAUGGGCUCCAACCAUUCAACCAUAUGAUUCCCAAUACAGCGUUUUGGCUCAAAAGAGUUUUACUACUGGCCGACACUACUGGGAAGUCAUCGUACAGGAGAAACCGUACUGGCUGAUUGGUGUGACCACCGGUCCAGUCACUAGAGACAUUUGUCUGAGUCCAAGACCUUCUGGUCUAGGUGUGAAUAAGACUUCCUGGUGCAUCUACCAUAGUGAGGGACAAUAUAUGGCGUGCCAUGACACGCAGGAGAAACAACUCCAAGUUGGGAAGAAAGUCAGAAAGUUGGGCAUACUGGCAAAUCUCCCAAAGGGGGAACUGUCGUUCUACAAUGCAGACACCAUGAGUCUACUUCACUCUUUCUACGUGGAGUGCAAAGAGCCACUUUUCCCAAUGUUUAACCCUUGCAUUGAUGUAAAUGGACUGAACAGGCAGCCCUUGACCAUGUUUUGGAUCAAUGACCCCUGGGACUGGAGUGUCAACACAGAUGGAGGUGAGGAGUGA